AUGUUUGUGAAGAACGGAUGUUUGGGGGCGUUCUUGUGUGUUGGGGCGUUCUUGUGUUUCUGGCUGCAGCUGGACGAUAUUGCAACGAUUCGCCACGCGCUCCGCUACGUAACGUGGAGGCGUGCCAUCGACAUGACUCUGAACCAGAACCACUCAGAGUCCGGUGGAGUCAUCAUUAACAACAGCGAAAGUCUGUUGACGAACCAUGAUAACGUGGAGCUGGCCUUCUCUGAUGCGGAGCGUUUGCCCGAAGCCUUCAGAAAGAGCAGGAAAGGCAGCAUCUACCUGACUCCCUACAGGGUGAUCUUUGUGGCCAAAGGCAAAGACUUGCUGCGCUCCUUCAUGAUGCCCUUCUACCUGAUGAAAGGAUGUGAGAUUAAACAGCCCGUGUUAGGAGCCAACUACAUCAAAGGCACAGUCAGCGCCGAGACCGGAGGAGGAUGGGAGGGCAGUGCUUCCUUCAAACUGGUAUUUCUCGCUGGAGGGGCCAUCGAGUUCGGACAAAACAUGCUGCAGGUGGCUGCUCAAGCCUCCAGAGGUCAGCCUGCCACUGCUGGUUUCGGCGGCUGUCCCUUCAUGGCUAACGGAGCUUAUGCGUACCCACCACCAGCCAACGGCAUGUAUGCUGAAGCCGGGGCCCCCCCAGGCUACACCUUCUCCAACAACCCCCAAGCGGGAGGUUUCUACCCCAGUCCUCCUGCCUUCGACAGUGCAAUGGGCUUCAUGCCCCCCCCCCCUCCGUACUCCGCUCCUCUGGGACAGCAGCCCCCUCACAACCCGGACCUGCCCAUGUCUGCAGCAGAGGCCAAAGCUGCGGAGGCUGCAGCCAGCUCCAGCUACGCCCUGCCGCCCACACAUGUGUACCUGCCCGAGGACAAGCCGCCUCCGUACUCUCCUCCCGAGGACAAGAAGAACCACGUCCCUCAGCCUCCCUCAGCGUCCCUCAGUCUCCCUCAGCGUCCCUCAGUCUCCCUCAGCGUCCCUCAGUCUCCCUCAGCGUCCCUCAGCCUCCCUCAGCGUCCCUCAGCGUCCCUCAGCGUCCCUCAGCCUCCCUCAGCGUCCCUCAGUCUCCCUCAGCGUCCCUCAGCCUCCCUCAGCGUCCCUCAGUCUCCCUCAGCGUCCCUCAGCGUCCCUCAGCCUCCCUCAGCGUCCCUCAGUCUCCCUCAGCGUCCCUCAGCGUCCCUCAGCCUCCCUCAGCGUCCCUCAGUCUCCCUCAGCGUCCCUCAGUCUCCCUCAGCGUCCCUCAGCCUCCCUCAGCGUCCCUCAGUCUCCCUCAGCGUCCCUCAGUCUCCCUCAGCGUCCCUCAGUCUCCCUCAGCGUCCCUCAGCGUCCCUCAGUCUCCCUCAGCCUCCCUCAGCGUCCCUCAGUCUCCCUCAGCAUCCCUCAGCGUCCCUCAGUCUCCCUCAGCGUCCCUCAGUCUCCCUCAGCGUCCCUCAGCCUCCCUCAGUGUCCCUCAGUCUCCCUCAGCCUCCCUCAGCGUCCCUCAGUCUCCCUCAGUCUCCCUCAGUGUCCCUCAGCGUCCCUCAGUCUCCCUCAGCGUCCCUCAGUCUCCCUCAGCAUCCCUCAGCGUCCCUCAACGUCCCUCAGCGUCCCUCAGUCUCCCUCAAAGUCCCUCAGUCUCCCUCAGCAUCCCUCAGCGUCCCUCAGUCUCCCUCAGCGUCCCUCAGUCUCCCUCAGCGUCCCUCAGUCUCCCUCAGCGUCCCUCAGCGUCCCUCAGUCUCCCUCAGUCUCCCUCAGUGUCCCUCAGUCUCCCUCAGUCUCCCUCAGCGUCCCUCAGUCUCCCUCAGUCUCCCUCAGCGUCCCUCAGCGUCCCUCAGUCUCCCUCAGCAUCCCUCAGCGUCCCUCAGCGUCCCUCAGUCUCCCUCAGCGUCCCUCAGUCUCCCUCAGCGUCCCUCAGUGUCCCUCAGUCUCCCUCAGAGGAGGUCAUGUGGCGCUGGAGCAGAGCCUGACGCUGACGCCCUCCCCCACCCAGCAGGCGGGGUACAGUGGGUGUGUGAAGGCGCAGUGGAAGGCGUGCAGGCGGCUCUGGUGCGGCCCGGAGAAGGUGAGCGUGCCCGUGUCGUAGUCCAGGAGCACGCCGAUGCGGCAGGGCGGCGGCGAGGGCGCGUUGACCAGCUCCCGACGCCCGCCGUGCCACGCGCUAAGCUGCUUCUCGUCCAACUGCAGGCUCCACGACAUCUCGUUACGACCCACCAUGCAGCGCGGGCCCUUCUCCUUCCGCGGGAUGGACUCGUACGUCACCUGGGACAAGAGUCUGAGUGA